AGCGCAUAAAUAAAUAAAGUCGACUUGCCUCUGAUCGCGUUUUUUGAUGUUAAUUUUUUUGUGCUGCGGCUGCGCUUUUCGAAUCUUCGUAUUGCCGUGCGAUGUGAUUUUAAAUAUGAAGUGACAAAAUCCGAGCGCGAAACGAUCGAAUAACCCUGAAAAUCGGAUAAAAUACGGGAAAACUCCAGAAAUCGCAUAGCAUAGCCAACUCCAACAACAAUUCGGCACCGAAUCGACCAAGAGGAGUGACAGAGAGAGGGUGAGGGCAAGAGAGAAGGAGACGAAGGAGAGUGGGAAGAAGGAGAGGAGAGGAGGAGGAGUGGUGCACAGAAUGGAUGUUGAAAUACCUGUUUUGGCUGGAUAUCUUAAUGUGCCGACCCAAACUGGAUUUUCGCUAAAUCGCAUCUCAAAAAAGAAGGCAUGCAGUCGCUACUGUUUGCUAUUCAAGGCCAGUCGCCAUGGAAUCGCCCGACUGGAGAUGUGCGAGAGCAAGGAGGAUCGCAACCCGAAGAUGUUCACGCUCGAGAACUGUGUAAAGAUCACGCAGGAGCCUCCACCAGAACGUCUCAUCCACAUUGUCAAGCGGCACGGAACACUCACAUUGAGCACAAGUAGCGAGGAGGAGCUCAAGGACUGGAUCACCGCCCUGCAAACGGUGGCCUUUUGCGACACCUCGCCAUCGGGCGGUAUCGGGGCCAUCGAGGAGGACAACGACCUCUACUGCAGCUCCUUUGAUGGAUUGUUCAUCAUCACGCUGAUUCCUUCGGAGGCCUCCAUUCGCUGCUGCAUCGAACCCAAGACGUAUAUGCUCCAGAUGACGCCCACAGAGCUGCAGCUGAAAUCCGAGGACAUGGGUGCCACAAUCGCCAUGUGGCCAUAUCGAUUCAUCAGGAAGUAUGGCUAUCGCGAUGGAAAGUUCACCUUCGAGGCGGGCAGAAAGUGCACCACCGGCGAGGGGGUUUUCACCCUGGAUCACACCAAUCCGCAGGAGGUAUUCCGCUGCAUGUCCGCCAAGAUGAAGUCGAUGAAGAAACUGAUUAGUGGCGACAGUCUGAGCACUCUGGAGUGCGGCGAGAAUCAAUUUAGUGCGGCUGCCGGCAUGGAACCCGGUUCGAGGAGUCCCCUGCCACCGUCUCCAUCGAACAAUCCCCAUGGCGGCGAGUUCGAGAUCAAUUCGACCCAAAGUUGCAUUUCCCUGAGGGGUUUCAUAAGCUCCAACGAUUCGCUAAAUAACUUUUCGGCGGCCAGCGGUGGCAGUGGAGCAGCGCCCGUCGGAGGAGGUGUUGGUGGUGUAGGUGGUGGUGGUGGUGGUGGUGGUGUUAAUCCCGUCACCGGAGGAGGAGGAGGAGGAGGAGGAAUCACUUUAUCCGUACCCGCAAAUACCAACAGCAAGCACAUUCCCAACAAACCGCCACGCAAACCGGGCGGAGUCAGCCCAACAACCCAUUGUGAUAAAUACAGGAACAUUGUGAAAUAUGAGCCUGUGGCCAUAACGACGAUAUCCUCGCCAUCCGCCACCUCCGAUGUGAACAGUUCGGUGAUACUGAAACCCCUGGAAACUCCGGGUGGCGGUGAAUCGAUAGCCCUGCCGGAUAUCACACCCGAUUUACCGCCCGACUUGCCGCUGCGAAAUGAGAGCGCCUCGAAGGGACCGCCACCGGAGCGGGAUUACGAGUGCAUCGAGAAUAUCACAGAGGCGUGGCGCACAAGGGGCGUCGGCGAUGUGAGACACUGCGAACGUAUGCCCAUACUAUGCGAUACCUCGGAAUUUGUACGCCAGCGAUCCGUUACAAAGUCCUCGGGUGGUCAGAGUGCCACGCCCAAGAUCAUAGACAUCGAUAUUGGCGAGGGCGGUUGCACUGGAACAGCCACAUCAAUGUCCGAAUCCAAUUACGAUCGCCUGGACUUUCUAUCGCCGAACAACAAGACAUCGAGUGGCUACAAGACCAUCGUGAAUGUCACCGGCAAUCGCAACCGUUGCAGUUUUUCGCCCAAUGAAUACGAAUUGAUCGCUAGUCCCGACACGGAAAGUUUUCGCAAGGCCGACGAUAGUCAUCUGGGAUAUGGGGUGCUGCGCAAGGCCAGCAGCACUACGAACAACAAUAAUCUAGGAAUCUCCAACAGCAACAUCAGCGGCAAUAGCAAUAGCAGUGUCAAUAACUCGACGACCAACAAGGGCAACCUCGAGGCGGCUGCCAUCGAUCAUCGCAGCUACAAUGGCCUGAACUACACGAUCGUCAGCAAACCGAAGCGAGUGUGAAAGGAUCCGGGGAUCCUUGUAUCCAGGUAUCGAACCGGGUGCAGUGGGGUUGGGGUGGAUCAGGAAGAGAAAAUCAAGGUUUUUAAAUGUCCCACAACGGUUACUGUUUCCAAUUUAAAUCAGCAUACUAGUUGCCAUUUUAAGGUGAUAUACACGUUACACCUUUCGAUAAAGAAUUAACAAGGCCAGUAAUUAACUAACUUUACAUGAUAUAAUAAGUUUGAGUUUCUUAAAAGUAUAUACACACCUUGUUUUCCGUACAUUUCUCCUAAUUAUGAUUUGAUGUAAAACAUUAAAACCCAUUUUCUCUAGUUUUUCAUGUUAAACUAAAUGUAGAUUUUAAACUAGAAGAUUUCAUAUAUAUUUUUAGUUUAACGUUUUCCUUAUGCCCUUACUAUGAUUGUUCAAAACGCAUUCUAUUAAGUUUCCAUUAAGGUUAAAUUUAUUCAAAACUGGUAAAAUUAAAUUGUCUACAAAUUGGAAACAGUAACAGACCUAUAACUUUCUGUAUAUUUUUAUUAAUUGCAUUUUGAGUUUAAGUGAAAAAAGAAGAGACUGCCGAGUGCCUUACAGAUUUACAAAAAAAAAAAAAAAAAAAAAAAAAAAAGGCUUCAAAUUGAAGGAAGGGAGUGCUCCGAAUCUCCAAAUCCCCGAAUCUGCCCUUCCUUCGCCGUGCCAAAAACCAUUCGAAUCGUUCAAUUUUUUUUGUAUUUGUUUUUCGUUAAUUAUGUUAAAUUCGUAAUCUGUGAUUGUAUUGUUAAUUGUGAAACUGUUAAAUUUUAGCAAGCACACUGCACGCCACUUGAUUGCACUCGAAGAAAUUACCCUGCCCUGACUUAAAAUCUAAAAUGAAAUUGUAAUUGUAAUAUUGAAACACUAAAUCGAAUUCUGGACGUAACGAAAUUUUACAAAAUGUGUAUGCAAUUUGUGCUAAAUAUAUGUGUUUUUGUAUAUUUAAAGAAAAUAGAUUUUAAAUACACUGCAAUUGUAAUUGUUUCCGUUUAACCGUCCGUCACUCAAGGUUUUGCUGCCAUAAUCGGUUAUAGAAAUCCCUCGAAUUGUUAUUCCUAUUCGUUUUUGUAUGAUGAAUCAUAUAGCUGCCAUAGGAACAAACGGUGUAAUGCCAUAAUCCCCGAAAUCUCCCACAAUAGUUGGCUCUUUUUUAUUCAAUCUUAGACUGUAAAUAUAGAUUACGUAAGUGUUGUUUCAAUUGCACUUCUUCCUCUCAUACCCCUAAAAAAAUAAAACACCCAUAAACCUCCACCCAUGCACAUUCGAGUUCUCAAGCCAGGAUCGUUGUAAACGAACAUUUUUGAGUAUUAUGCAAAGGUCACAAAAAAAAAAUAAAAUAAAAUCAAAUCAAACAAAACGAAACGAAAGCGAACACAAAAAAAGUACCAAAAGAAAAGUGACGUACAUUUUACUUAAAAAAAAACAUGAUUUUUUUUACUUACUUUACGUUAUCGAUUAUGACUAUUGUAAUUAUUAUUUUUUGUGUCUGCAAACUAUUAUUGUGUAAAUAAAGACCAACAAAAUCAACCAAUCGAA